ACAAAACAUACCACAGUGAGCACUUUACUCCCCAUUCUCUUUAGUUGCAUCUCUGACAGCAAAAGAUCUCAACUGCACUCAGAAUGAUCCGGUUUGAAUCAGAUGAGUUGAAAAAUCUGGAUACUGCUUCACUUCAACUUCUAGUUCCCCUACAUGGGGUUCUUAUGGGUAAAGAAAUUGUUGAUAACUGGGAACGAGUGGAACAAUUUCAGGCAAGACCAGAUGAUGUCCUCAUUUCUACAUACCCGAAAGCAGGAACUACAUGGAUGAGCGAGAUUGUGGACAUGAUUUUUUGUGAUGGAGACGCUGAAAAAUGUCGCAGAGAAACCAUUUAUAAUCGUGUACCAUAUCUUGAGUUCCGAAUUCCUGGAGAACCUUCAGGUGUAGAACAACUUGACGCUACACCUUCUCCAAGGCUAGUAAAAACACAUCUCCCCAUUAAGCUGAUGCCCGACUCAUUUUGGGAAAAAAACUGCAAGGUUAUUUAUGUUGCUCGAAAUGCCAAGGAUGUAGCAGUUUCAUACUUCUACUUCCACAAGAUGGUUAAAGCUUUGCCUGAUCCAGGUCCAUGGGAUAAAUUCUUAGAUGACUACAUAAAGGGGGAUGUGGGCUAUAGUUCCUGGUACGAUCACGUGAUAGGUUGGUGGGAAAAGAGAAACGACUAUCGAAUCCUUUAUCUAUUCUAUGAAGAUAUGAAAGAGGACCCAAAGAGAGAAAUUCGGAAAAUAUUACACUUUCUAGAAAAGGAGAUGCGUGAAGAGGUUAUAGAGAAGAUUGUUCAUCACACAUCCUUUCAGGAAAUGAAAAAUAAUGACAUGGUAAAUUGCAAAACCAUCCCCAACGAACUUAUGGACCAGUCUACAUCUUCCUUCAUAAGAAAGGGCAUAGUCGGUGACUGGAAGAAUCAUUUCACCGCUUCCCAGAAUGAAAUUUUUGAUGAGGAUUACAAGGAAAAAAUGUCAGGAACAAAUCUGCAUUUUAGAAUGGAAAUAUAAAAACCAUAUGAACAUUUAAGAUGCUUUAUUGCUUGAUUUUAGCCAUCCAAGAACUAAUAUAACAACAUUAUUACUAUAAUAAUAAUAAUAAUAAUAAUAAUAAUAAUAAUAUGGCCAUUAUUUAUUUCAAAUGCAUUCAAAUCAUAGUUUAAAAGGGGGAUAAUUGUUAAAGUUGUUGGUUUACAAACUGGGUAAAGCUAAUUUUAAAAGAUGUUUUAAUACAAUUUCUUUGCAGCAAAUCAAUUUUUAAAUUUCUGAAUGUUGCU